CGUGUCUUACAGGGCACACUGAAAAGCCAGGCGAGCGUGCUGCUGAACCAUCUGUACACCAGUUGCAUGAAGCGUAUGGCCAACAACCCUGUCACGCCUGAAAGUGCGUCUCUGGCGUUCCUGGAAGCUGUUCGUUCCUGGGGCGUCGGCGAAAACGGCAGCGUGAACGUGGCCAGCAUCGCUGCUACUAUGGACAUCAGGUACUAUAUGAAGAUGGGCAUGGAGCACGAGAUCACCAUGGUGGACUCCGCAGCCAAGCUCGCCCUGAUGAAUCUCAAGGCGUUGGACCCUCGCGACAUCUACGUCCCGGGUGUGGACAACGAUAUAUUUUACAAUCGCAGCCUGCUGGCGCUCAGCGGAGCCCUCGGACACACUGUCACCGUAGAUGACGUGCGUGCUCUGGUCGCUGAGGUGCGCAGGCAGUCUGCAGGGAAGUACGGCACCAAACGCGGUAACUACUCGCUGUUGGCCGAGAUCUACCGGACACCUCUGUUGGACGCCAUGAUGACGACACUGUGCGACUGCAACGAGUACGUCGCCGUUGAAGUACACGGUGCAGAUGCAAUCGGCGCCCAGCUUGAGGUGUUCGGUCGCCAACAGCUUCGGGCCACCGUUCUGGCCUACCUGUCCCUGUGGGCCUCCGUAGACGUUCUGAGGGGCGAGAUCAACGCCACGUACGCCGGCGGUCGCGGCGCCGAACACAGCAUGACUGACAAGAUGCGCUACUGUGUCGAGAACGUGAUGCGCGUCAAACACAUCUGGGACAUCAUCGCGGUCGAGAGACUGCGCACGGAGGAGAAGGACCGCGCGCUCAGGACCGUGUACCAAGUCGUGUUGGCGGCAGUUCUGGUAGAGUUUGGAGACAUGUUCGCCGGCAGCGACAGCGUCACGUCACUCAUUAAAGUCGUGUCCCGCCUGCGUCUCCUGUUGCCCCCGGAGGUCGUCGAGCCUUACACGAGGAUCCUGCCGCCUGUCCACGAGUCUCACGCCGCCAGCGCGCUCGCGCUGCGGGAAUUCCGAGGCCGUGCGAGAGUGCUAGACAGCUCGCGAGAUUUGCUCGAGUUGCCGAAGCUUCUCUCGUGCUUUGGCAUGGAGACUGAGGACGUCCUCUCCUGCCAGCUCGCUGAUUUAGGCGAGCAGGUCCACAGGGCUCUCAGCACAUUGUGCUUCGACUGUUUCAGCAGCAGGCAUCUGUUGCCGUAA